GGUAGAUGACACAAAUAAAGCAAUAGACAAAAUAAAUGCAGAACAAGGUACCAAUAUAGAGCAGAUUAGGCAUGUUGACAAGGCCGAAUUAACUGAAUGGGUACAAGUAGCAAAGCAUGGUUUGAAAGCUAUGAGAUUGCAAGAAAAGCUUAAAGAUGAUAAGCAGAUGAGAGAGGUAAUAAGUAAAGCGAUAAGCACUUAA